CGAACGAUGAUCUAAAAACCUCUUUUUUCUUCCAAUGCCGCGCGAUGUUGUUGCGAUUGAAUCCAGAGCUCAAGGAGCCACCACCAGUAGCAGCGAGAAAGACCCACGCGCUGGAUCCCAAGCGCGUCCACUUCUUCAAGUCCAUGCUCAAGCUCCACGGUGACGCCAAGAACCUGGACGCCGGGCGAGCGGUCCACCUCCAGAUGAUCACCAGCGGCUACCACCGCGACCGCUACCUCUGCAACCUCCUCAUCCAGAUGUAUGGCCGCUGCCGCAGCGUCCACGACGCCAUCGCCGUCUUCCACACCGUGAGCCGCAAGAACGUCUUCACCUGGACCAUCCUCAUCGUCGCUCACACCCACAACGGCCUCUUCUUCGAGGCCGUGGAGCUCUUCCGCGAGAUGGACGUCCACGGCGUCCAGUCCGACGAGUUCACCUUCUCCGCCAUCCUGGAAGCCUGCUCCAACCUCGGCCUCGCCUUCCUCUCGCUCGGCAAGACCAUCCACUCGAGAAUCCACCAGCAGGGCCUCAAACUCACGUCCGUCCUGGCGACUUCGCUCAUCAGCAUGUAUGGCCGGUGUGGCUGCGUCAACCCCGCCGUGAAGAUCUUCCACAGCCUCGAGAACCCGACGGUGAUAUGCUCCACUGCCAUGAUCGACGCGUAUGCCCAGAACGGGCAUAUCGAACAGGCUGCGGAGAUCUUCGAGAGAAUGCAGCUCCAAGUCCUGGAUCCCGACUUGAUCGCCUGGACUGCGAUGAUGACGGCGUAUAACCAGCUCGGGCAUGCCAGAGAGGCGCUGCUUCUCUUCCGGAAGAUGGACCUCCAAGGUCUCGAGCCGGACAGGUUUGCAUUCGUCGCUGCUAUUGACGCUUGCUCUAGCAUCCCGUCACUGGAGCAAGGCACUGUCCUCCACUCUCGCUUGCUAGCCUCGUCGGUGGAAUGCGAUGGUGUCGUCGGGAACGCGCUGCUAAACUUCUACGCCAAGGCCGGGCUUGUUCACGAGUCGAGGAGCCUCUUCUCGAGCAUGAAAGUGAAGAACGUCGUCACCUGGAGUGCCAUCGUCGCGGCCUAUGCGCAGAACGGCCACCACGAGCCGGCGGUGGAGCUCUUCCGGGAGAUGCUGCUCGACGGCGUUGCCCCCAACAAGGUCACGUUUGUCAGCCUUCUCUUCUCGUGCAGCCAUGCCGGGCUCGUCGACGAGUCGCUCUACUGGCUGAGCUCGAUGCUGCCGGACUACUCCGUCAAGCCCCUGGAGCAGCAUUGCGUGUGCGUGAUCGACAUCCUGGGACGGGCUGGAAGGCUGGACGAAGCCCAGAGACUCUUGUCCGGUCGAAGUGACUUUAACUCGGAGCUCGUCCAGCUCGUGUCGGCCACGCUGCUCGGCUUUUGUAACGUUCAUGGGGAGUUUAGUCGCGGCGCUGGCAUCGCGGAGCAAGUCCUAGAGCUGGAGUCCGAGAAGGGACAGGCGUACAUCUCAGUGUCGAACUUCUACGCAACAACGAAAAAUCCAGGUGAGUGAAACCACCAUUUUGCUUACCUCAU